UUGCUUCCGGGUAACGAGUUAUAAGAGUGGCGAAGUCUCUGGAACAGCAAAGAAUCAGGUGUGGUGCUAUUCAGAGAGCAGCGAAUCAGCAAGCAUCAUACAAAGACGUCAAAGCUAUUACAGUAUAAAUUCACGAUCAAGAAACAAGCAUGAGGGUUAGCAUGACGACGGUAGCCAUGACAGUAACACUUCUACUGGUCAGCACUGCAACUACGGGUAUUCCUCUCAAGACUUCAAAAGCAGAAAUUGUCACAGACACGGGAUUAAAAACUACGGACAACCAAACACCCCCAAAACAUGGAAGUAUACAUCAGAAUGAACGGAUGACUAGUAAAGACGUCGUGAGCCCAAUUGCACAAUACGUCAACGAUGGACAAGACUUGAGUGCCUCAGAUUCAGACAAUCGCCAACAGAGGACAAGUCCACUAGUCUCCGAAAGCUAUGCAGAUGACGAAAAGAACCAAAUACCGACUAGAAUUCGCAGGACGUCCCAAUGCAGAAGGCAAACAGACGAUGAAUUGAUGGAUAUACUUCAAAGCUUAGGACAGGUCAACACAAGAUACGCGGACAAGUCACACCAGGGUUUCACCAGCCUUAUGUCAUUUGGUACAAAUGAGGAACUAGACAGACUGACUAAGCUCCAGAUUGAAGCGGCACUUCGAGGCAAUCCAAGUGCCAAGGAAUCUCUGCCGCAUCCGCACAUCAAUGCUAUCCGAACCAACCUUGUUACACCGGAAGAAGCGAAUGUCCCCCGGAUCAGAAGAUCCGUUGUAGGGACAACAGUAUCAAAUUUCUGCAUUUUGAGUGGUCAGGAGGCUACCCAAGGUUUUAUGCGCAUGUGUGACUCGUGCCCCGCAACAACUGAACUUUCAGACGAUCUUUUCCCGCGCUACGUCAACGAAGUCGUCUGCAGCAGCAACACAGAUUGUCUUUCAGGUGGUGGUCGAUGCAGUGAGAGGACAUUAAACAUCACAGUACUCCGGCGAACUGAACACUGCUCGGUGGCCGCGAACACGUCUACAACAGGCCAAGUACUGUACGUAGAGGACUGGGAACCUGCAGAACAACGAAUCAGGGUGGCCUGCGAAUGCGACGUCGGUAUCCAAUCUGUCUUUGCCACUUACGUAUGACGAAGUCAAAUCAUAAGCUUUCAAUUGCUCAUGCAGAAUUGUUUUGCGAUAUUGAUUGAUCUGUUGUAUUUUUAUGCACUGCCUGUCCUAGACUACAGAUGAAGCAAAUAUGGGGAGUGCAUGUACUUGAAAUGUGUCUUGAAAGCUUCCGAGCCAACAGUCAAUAACUCCCCCACAGGGUUUAAUGAACUUAUAUGUACAUCCAAUGUUUGGAAAUUACUUUGACCGUUUUCUUCGUGUUUUAGUAUUGAAAUAGCAGGCUUUCCCGCUCGCUCUUUUUGCUUUAUCCAAACGUAUUCUGCCGUUUCCUGAAAAGUGCAACAGUAGCGUGCUGCAAUAUGUUUUCAUAUUAUGUAGCGUAAAUUACUGUAAAAAUUCAUUGCUGUAUUCACAGUAACAAAUUUAAUAAUUUCGAUUCUAUUGUUAAGUAUUUAUUUCUAUUUAGUACGAAAAUUGCUUUGAUCAUGUGAUCCAGUCUUUCAGCAUUAGCGGAAUGAUGUCUGACAGUUUUCAAUCGAUGUGUAGGCCUACUAUAGUGUAGCUGACAAGUGUAAAAAUCUGUCUGUUCUUUCUAAAAAUUUGUUUUCACUGACAGUAAAUAAGCAUGAAUUCUAACGUGUCGUGGUCCCUUUUCCCAUCCAGAGCCAAACACUUAAACGUAUAAUACGGGCGUUUCACAACAGUGCG